AUGAGAGUUGCUGUGAUUGGGGCUGGCGUGAUCGGACUGUCCACGGCCAUCUGCAUCUACGACCGGCACCACCUGACAGAUCAGCCGCUGGAGAUUGAGGUGUAUGCUGACCAAUUCACCCCUCACACUACCAGCGACGGGGCAGCUGGACUCUGGCAGCCGUACCUCUACGACAAGGGGAACACCCAGGAAACGCUCUGGAACAAAGAGACUUUUGAUUACAUGUUGGAGCACAUUAAUUCCCCAGAAGCUCAAGACAUGGGCCUUUUCCCGCUCUCUGGGUACAAUCUCUUCACCCAGCCAGUUCCGGAUCCAUCCUGGAAAGAUAUUGUCUUGGGAUUUAGGAACUUAACACCGAAAGAGCUCGAGCUCUUCCCAGGUUACAGUUAUGGCUGGUUGAACACGGCCCUGAUGCUCGAAGGCAGGACCUACCUACCCUGGCUUACAAACCGGUUAAAGAUGCGGGGAGUCAAAUUCUUUCAUCGGAAAAUCAACUCUUUCCAAGAGUUGACGGCGCAAGGGGUGGAUGUCAUCAUCAACUGUACGGGGGUUCGUGCAGGGGAGCUGCAGCCAGACCCUGAGUUGCUCCCCGGUCGGGGGCAAGUCAUAAAGGUGGACGCUCCUUGGGUGAAGCAUUUCAUCAUAACCCAUGAUAUCAAGUCUGGCCUCUAUAAUACGCCUUACAUCAUACCUGGGAGCCGGCUCGUGACCUUGGGAGGGACUUUCCAGCUGGGAAACUGGAGCAAAGAGAUCAGCUCCCGGGACCACCACAAAAUUUGGCAAGAGUGCUGCCAGCUGCUGCCGAGCAUCCAGAAAGCCAAGAUUGUUGACAAAUGGGUUGGCUUCCGUCCAGCCCGGUCUAAAGUUCGGCUGGAGCACGAAGUUAUACGCCACGGGCACUUACAGUCAGAGGUGAUCCAUAACUACGGCCACGGCGGCUUUGGGCUCACCAUCCACUGGGGCUGUGCGAUGGAGGCAGCCAGAUUGCUUGGGAGGAUCCUUGGGGACCGGAAGCUGUCCAAACCACCCCGUGCCAAUCUCUGA